UUGAUGUGAAGGUCAUUUCUGUCUUUUGACACAGUUGAUAAUUGGAAUAUCCGACCUCCGUCCAACGGGAAUAUCCGCCUCGUAUACCCAAAAUCUGUUUAUUGCUUACUGCUUUUGCCGCCAUUUCCAAAGCUCUCCAUGCCUAAUUAACAGUUCAACUAACAAUCUCCUCGUCGCCGAUUAAUAUGGCUCCGUCCUUAUCUAAUUUGACCAUUUUGUCCCUUCCUUAUAUCUCUUUCCUUCUCCAAGCCAUCGUCUUGGCCGUCGGAGCAUCCGGUCAUCCGCAUCAAGAACACCUUCAGACGAUCGUCCAACGAAAGACGACGCCGGAAAACCAUAUCCGGAUACGGGCGGGUGCACCGUUUAAAAUAGCCCUAUUUGCCGACUUGCAUUUCGGGGAGAACGCGUGGACGGAUUGGGGCCCGCAACAGGAUGUGAGGUCUAUCAAGGUUAUGUCAAGUGUGCUGGACACUGAAACUCCAGAUUUUGUAGUAUAUCUUGGCGAUGUUAUUACGGCGAACAACAUCCCAAUUGCAAAUGCAAGCUUAUAUUGGGAUCAGGCACUAUCUCCGACAAGAUCCAGGGGCAUCCCAUGGGCUAGUGUAUUUGGAAACCAUGAUGAUGCACCAUUUGUGUGGCCAAUUGAGUGGUUUUCAGCCCCUGGAAUUCCUCAGCUUGUUUGCCCUGUGGUCAAUUCAUCAUAUUCAGGUGAACUAGAAUGUAGUUUUAGGGGAACAUCACGAUUGGCGCUGAUGAAAAAUGAGAUGGACAAUAAUUUGUUAUCAUUUUCUAGAAACGGGCCUAAAGAUCUUUGGCCAGGUAUAUCCAACUAUGUACUCCAAGUCUUGUCAGUAGAGACACCACAAACGCCUUUAGUGUAUCUCUACUUUCUAGAUUCUGGUGGAGGUACCUAUCCAGAAGUUAUAUCAAGUGCCCAAGUAGAAUGGUUUAAGCGCUUAUCUGAAGAAAUUAAUCCCGAUUCAAGGGUCCCGGAACUAAUCUUCUGGCACAUACCAAGUAAAGCUUAUAAGAAGGUGGCUCCUAUUUUUAGAAUACGCCAGCCUUGUGUAGGUUCCAUCAACAAGGAAAAGGUUGCUGCUCAAGAAGCUGAAAUGGGUAUCAUGAAGAUUCUUGUUGAAAGGCCUUCCAUCAAGGCAGUGUUUGUUGGGCAUAACCAUGGAUUGGACUGGUGCUGCCCAUACAGGAAAGUUUGGCUGUGCUUUGCUAGACAUACUGGUUAUGGUGGUUAUGGAAACUGGCCCAGAGGGUCUAGAAUCCUGGAAAUCAAUGAGGAUCCCUUCUCUGUAGAGUCAUGGAUAAGGAUGGAAGAUGGUUCUGUACAUAGUAAAGUUAUCCUGACUUAACUCGUUUACUUGCUGUUGCUGUAGUAUGAAAGGACAGGAGAAAAUGAUCAAGCUAAAGUAAACAAGGAAAUACGAAGAAUAGAUGUACUAAUGAAUUGAAUGUAAUAUAUAAAUUAUAAUAUAAUAAAUAAAAUUUUAAAAAAAAUUAUAUAUAGAUAAAUAAAUAUUAUCUCCAGCUUGAGGAGGGUUAAGAUUUUGG